AAUAAUUUUGCUAGCGUUGAUGAAAUUCGAGAAGGAAAGGCCGCUGACAACUGUUAGCGCGAAACAACAGUUGCAGAUGUGAAUGAUUUAUGAGUUAGAUAUGAAUACACAUCUGGAUCUAAUUGUAACCAGCUGAAAAAUUGGCAAUUGCAUGUAGGCUUCUAGAACGUAUUUGUAAGAAUCAGAAAGCAUUAACUCAGCACUCUUUACAGAACAAACAGUGUGCUUUAUUGCGACUGAUCUUGGAGAACCUUUUGAAUGUCAGGACAAUACUUCGUAACAUCACGCAGACAUUUCUAGAUCAUAAAAGGAGUUCAAGAAGGGAUGGCGUCUAUAUAUAUCCUUUCUGUAUUAGUUGUGCUACUAGUAAAAGCUCAGAGGGAGUCUUUGGGUAAAGCGGAAGAUAUAAGUCUGGUUCGGUACAUUGAGGGUCGCAUCUUGCUUCUAGAGGUAUGUCUGGCAGCAGAUAAAUAUUUGUUUUAUUUUGCUUUUUAAGAUGUUUGAAGUUCUAAAGGAAACAAUACAUUUUAAUGUCACUCUGGGAAAAAAAAAGUUAAUAUUCUUAAUGAGUUACUGGCAAAAUAAAUGAUUUAUGUACACAUAGAUUAUUGGACAUAUAACAUAGUUAUGAUUUGUUUCUGGAAACAAAUAUUUUACGCAUCAUAUGAAUAUAUAUAGACUAUUAAACAAUCCCCUGAUACAGAUUAAAGAUUAUAGUCACAGAAUGCCAUUUAAAACGAAGUAACUAAGUUGACAAAAUCAGUCUGCAUACGUAGCUAUGUUUUCCAUUAUAAAAUAUCUAAUUUUAUCCAGUAUAUUUUACAGUAAAGGGCAGUUUCCAUAUGGUUUGAAUUAAAUCUAUUCUUUGUUUUGCUUUAAGUCGCUGUUAUUUUAUCAAUGAAUAACAUUUCUACCAGCAUUGUCAUAUGUUGUAAGGGGAUCGUAACCUUUUGUGACAGAGGUAUAGUUUUCUUAUAUGCAUUAGUUUAAAAAACCCAGUUGAGACAGUCGUUUUUCAGUAGUGCAACUGUCUCAAGGACCAAUUCAUUACAAGUAAUAUAAUUAGCAAUAUAUUAAACUAUGCAACAUACUUACCUUUAGAUUAAACUAUGCACCAAGCCUUAAUGGAUUACUCCAAGCACCAUACUCACCACAUCCUGCUCUAGUGGUUAUGGUGCCCUGUUUCCAUGUAAUAGGACACAGUGUUUUGCAAAAGUUGCCCUAUUACCUGGGUCCCCGUCAGGUGCUGAGGAUCCUCUUGUGUCCAGACAGCCAAUAAUUGCAGUUCUGUGCACCAAGACCAAUUCAAAUCACUGAAGUGGUCAUGGUGCAUGUACUAAUGGUUUAAUUAGUCUGUCCACAGUGCCUGGCAUGUCUUUCGUGAACUAGAGGAGGCAGGACAAUGUCCAACCUAUUGUGAGCAGUAGCCUAGUGGUCUGCUGAACAUGAUUUGCCUGGUUCCAGGGUAAAGGGAGGACACUGAAACAUAACCAAAGGUUUGAAAGCUACUGUUUCACUAAAAGAGAAUACUAGGAACAUUUUGAAAGGAGUCUUCUUAAAGGGACAGCUCAUUGAAGUAGUCUGGGUGCAGCGUCCUAGGUCCCUUAAUCCUGAAUUAUUUUUGCUGCAAUAAUUACCUGCCCGGGUUAAUUCCACAUCUAGUGUCAACUAGAUGUUAGGUGACUUCUGGUCACUAUGUAUGGGGACAUCCAGCGUCACCCAAACACCAUAGGAAAGUAUUAUACAUGAUACAUCAUACAUACUUUAUCCCUACAUGACUUUAUUCCUACAAAUAAAAUGUUAUUCUGUGGAACUAACUAAUGGCAAAUAUUGUGAAUGCUAUCUUUAUUGCUAUUAUUAUUGCUAUUUUGUUAAUACAUUGUUUCAGGACAGAUUAUACAAAUGCGAACAGGACAUACAACAAUCAAUGCAACUAUUUAAAGACCUUUCACAUAAGCUAAUUUUGCGUCAAGACAGUUUUAAUAGAUAUAAAACAGAAGCAAAGAAUGAGAUGGACAAUUUGUUGGCAAGACUUGAAAGAGCCGAAUGGGACAUAGACUACCUAGAAACGACAACUUCCUCCAAUGCAUGUCUGGAAGUUGAUGACCACCUGGUAGAGAAGCAAGUGAUAGAACAUGAAGAGUAUGAAGAAGAAGAGAGAAAGAUUCAAAUGAACCUUAACACAAGUAGGUAAACUGUAGGCUCUUACAAACAGAGUAAAAUGUGCCUUUCUUACUAUAAUAAUUGAACUGAUGAUCUUUGGACAAUACGUUUUCUAAAAAGUUAGACCAUGUGCUUUUUCAAAAAUAAUGGUUUAAGGAAAAUUAAGAUAGGCAGCAGUGCAAACAGAUAUCAUGUGGAUUCACUCUCAUAUUUUUGAGAGUUACCAACAGAGGGUGCCCUCAAGUCAUAAAUAAGUCCUAUGGACAUUUAACAGUGGUUUUAAAUAUAUUUACUUUCUUUUUAAAGUAAUGCUAUCCGAAACAUGCAGGGUAAUUUGUUGUAUACCAUCUAGAGAAAACUUCACAUCUGUUUUAGAAAAUAUAUUGCAGGAAUAAAGCACUGGGAUAUUCAUUGGAUCGAUGAGAUUUUAAGCAACUUCUUAAGGACACACUCCAGGCACCUUACCAACUUCAUCUCAUUGAAGUUGUUAUGAUGCAAGUAGGACCUGGGAGCCUUGCUACCUUAAAAAGUCAAACUGUUUAUGAACCAUUUAAGCCCAAGACAUCAAUAGAAAAAAGGAGGACAAGCUGUCGGACACGACUUCACAACUUUGGGGUUAAUCCAUUCAUAAAUGGUUUAAUACCUUAAGUUAAGAUGGUGCCUUGGACCACCUUGCACCAAAGCAAUUUUAUUGAGAUGAAGUUGUUGUGGUGCCUGGAGUGGUCCUUUAAGUUUUUUAAAUAGUUGUGCAAAGUGUGGAUAAGAUUUUGGUUGUGCAUCAAAAAGAGACACUGGUGGCUUGUGAAGAAGCAUAUUAGACUUUGCUUGUGUGGAUAAAUAGCAAAUAUUUAGAAAAUAUCAGUUACUUAAAAAAGCAGCCGACAGGGUGAAAAGUAAAAGGAAGAGAGACAAAGAGCAAGAGAAAAGUCAAAGAACUUCCUUCCUGUGAGUGUACCAACAAGUUCACAUGCAUGUAUAAACAGUACUCUGAACUGCACAGCGCCAUCUACAGCUCAAGUGCUAAGUAUAUUCAUAUUAUGCAGUACAUGCUGUUGCAUAUCCCAACAUUAGAUUAUCUUAGAAGAAUGUUUGCUCUGCCCUCUGAAUAGCAAUUUGCCCAUGGACUUCAUUGAAGGAAUGGCUACUCAGUUGACACAAUAAUAUUUUACUCUACUAACAGAAUCCAGCCCAAUGGUUCUUCUAGAAUCCCCACUUUGUCUUGCAUUUGAGAUUUCUUUCCUUUUUAUUUCCCCAGACAUUUUAUUAACUCGGCAACCUUGCUUUUCUCUGUAUAUCUUCACCUUCAUCAACUACUAUUUUUUUUUCAUUGUUACUUAGAUAUUUGUGAUUAAGAGUUUUUCUACAUUUUUCACAGUAUUUAUCAACUUUAGCGUAAACAUAAGUCAGAGCUUACAGAGUACCAAAUGUAAAAGUUUUAAAAAUAUAGAAUUCAUUUAUAAUAAAAACUCCCAACUACAAUUCUGAAAUUGACAUAAUGAAAAACAGAGUAAUCAACAAAUAUGUUUAUUUCAUUUUCCCCAGGCUGUAACAGCAUGCUAGCACACAUCAAGUCUCAGAAAACAGUGAAGAAAACGAAAAUUACUAUUGGCUCGUGGAUGAAGAAUUGCGACAAUCAGUCAGACCCACAGGAGAUCUACUUCUUUAGUGGGGCCAAAAAUAAUGUAAUCUUGACUUUUGCAAAUAUCAGAGAUUUUAGCAGCACGGGUUAUAUGCAGAAAGCUGAACAUCUAUACCUUCCAUUCUUCUGGCAAGGUACUGGUCAUGCACUUUACCAUAAUUACCUGUUUUUCCAUAAAAAUGGUACACUAAAUGAAAUUGUCAGGUAUAGUUUGAGAGAUAAUGUUACGCAAUCGAUGGAACUGCAUGGCGUAGGAGACCUUUCUCCCUACCAACUUUCUCCUUUCACGAAAAUUGAUUUUGCGGUGGAUGAACAAGGACUUUGGACAAUUCAUGCAGAUUCAGACAUUGAAGGAAAUAUUGUCCUCACAAAAUUAAACUACAAUAACCUGACUAUUGAGCACACGUGGAAUACGACUUGUGAAAGCACCAAUGCCGAAGCAGCCUUUGUAAUCUGUGGAACCCUGUAUGUCAUGUACAACAGUCCAAAUGGUGGAAGGUCUCAUAUUGAUUGUAUAUAUGACACAUCAGAUAUUAUUUCUAUUCAUGAGACACCUACCUUAUACUUUCCCAAGAGAUACAGCAGCCAUUCCUCCUUACACUACAACCCAGUCGACCAAACAUUGUAUGGUUGGGAUGAAGGAUACCAGAUGCUCUAUAAAUUUGAAUCAAAGCCAAAAUUUGCACAGCCCUAAAGAAUAACAGAAUAAUAAAUGUGUAAAAUAAAUAAUACAAUAAAUAUAGUAGCAAAAAUGUAUCUUAAAAAGAAGGUUUCAAUAGCACCUGUUAUUUUGGCCAAUGGAAAGGUAGUGGUGUAUAAAAGGAAUGCUGAUAUAUCAUGUCUGUUGUUAAAAUGUAAUUUCGAUGACAUCACAUAAUAUAUUUGCCAUUUGGAAUUCUGAUCACUGGUGGGUAAACCCUGCCGCAGUUGUUGAGCAAGAAGUCUUAACUGUAGAGCUUGGAAAAUCUUCCAAUGACAAGGCUCCCAAAAGGUCCCCCAAGCCGAUUUUCUAUUGAUGUCCAUAAAGUUUCCAUUUUGAUGAUAAACUCUGUAGAGAAGUGGCAAUUUUAAUGUUCUUCUAACUUUAUCUGCACCACAGUAGAGUUUUCAUUGCACUUGUAAGAGCUAUAUGUGGUACAAGAUGCUGUUUGGUUCAGCUGGCAAGUAUAUUGAGUUCGGUAUAGAUUCACCAGUGAAUGCAGGUGGUCAUAAUGUUCAGACUGCUACCUAGAGGUCAACUUGAACUAACUACACCUUUAUGUAUAAUGCAAAGGCAGUUAUAAAACAAAACAAAGUAUACCCCUCAAUUAAUAUAAGACAAUAAAAAGAAUAUGUCUUGCAGCAGAAAGAAAACAUCCCAUCCAAAGGGGAAAAAAAACAUUAAAUUUACAAGUAUAUUUUGAAUUGCAUGAGUAUUCUCGGAAUAGUUUUAUGGGGAGCAAAUUUAUGAAUCACCUUUUAAACCAGGGGUCAUCAACCUUGUCCCUAAUGCCCACUAGUGAGGGAUUUGGGACUUCAGGUGGACGGUGGUGGGUUCUCCGUAAAAUGCUGGUAGGCCACAAUGUGCAGGCCGGCAGGAGGGAGAUCCUUUUAUCUCCCCCAGCCAGCCCAGGCAGAGAGACUGCCUUGCUGUGAUCCCUCUCGGGUCAGGGAGGAGUUCAAAGUGCUCCCUCACUGGCCCGCUGGCACUUAGAUCCAGCAGAGGGAGGGAAGGACCUGGGAGGCUCAAUGUUCCUCCAGCUAUCAGGCUGGUCGGAGCAUUGCCACGCGGUACCAUGGCAAUGCUCUGAUACAGUGCUGUGCUGGCGGGAGGAAUGGAGAGUCAGGCUAAUGCAGCGCUUGCGGCAUUAUGUCUCCCCGGUAAAAGGUAAGAAGAAGGGAGGGGGAGACAUUAAGAUAGAUUUUUACAUUUCACCUACCUACACACAGCAUAGACCCUAUACACCCUUCACACACAAACACACACUACACACCUCAGACAUACUGCAUACACAGGGGCAGAAUGCUUGUUUAUGUUCAAAACCAUACAUAAAAAAAAUAAAACCACUGUGCUUUAAUUAAUCAAAAUAAUGGUCCGAAUUUUAAUUGUAAUUGCAAGAAUAGUCAAUACUGUGAUGCAUAUUUUAAAAAGAUUUUAUUAUUUGUACUGCAUGAUAUAAGUUCAGACAUUCCAAAUCACAAUAUAGAAAAUAUAUUUACAAUGAGCUUGUUUAAUGUGCGUCAGACGACAUACAGUAAGAAAUGUGUAAAUGCCUUAAAAGCCUUGCAAAUCACGUUACUAAAAACUCCAAUUUAUAAAUAAUGUGAC